AAUGAUUGGCAUGAUGGAUAGCGAGGAAACGGAGACUGCUGAAAGCGAAACAAUUGUAAUAAAUGAGGCUGGUUCAAUCACCCCCAAUGUGAACGGCACAUUGACUGACGAAGAUGCAGGCGCGCAAGAAAAUGCAAAAGGGUUGCCACAGACAGCUUCUACACAGUGCUCCGGUGAUCCCCAGUCGAGAGCGCCGGUGAUGUUGGACGCGAAAGGCAAAAGCAAUACUCUACCAGUCCAAACGCAAAUAUAUCGCACGCGUAUACCCGCGAUCGCUUCAGAGGCUGACGUAUUUGGCUCGCAACGUGAUACAAUCGACGCACGAGAGAAAGCACCGCGCCCUUUUGAAUAUGAAAUUGGAAUGGAAGAAGGGAGUGCUGCCUUUGCCUUGCCAUCUCCAUUACUUUGUGAAGGAGCAUCUAGACCAGGCGCAUUUCCAAUGGGCCUUACUCGUCCCUUAGAUGACAACGAAGAUUUAAGCGCACACUCGAAUCUUUUGCAGUCUGAAUCAUUUUUACAUACGUCGUCCUUGUUGAGCAUGGAUGAGUCCAGCGGGAUAUUGGUGGAAGCAAGCUUGGUUCCUGAUGAUAGUUUUAUUGAGACAAGUACAACAGACAAUAAACCAACUGCCCUUGUCCAGGCAAACCCUCUGCCAGACACGGCUUUUUUCUUUCGCCCGAAGAUAAUUUGCACUGUUCUUGGCACACUCAUAAUAAUUAUUCUUGCGUUGGCGUUGGGUAUAGUCCUUUCAGCAAGAUCCAUUGAUGAAGGAGUCAGUGCGCUAAACGAGGGAAACUUAUCAGCAUCAUCAAGCGACGCACCAACCUCAGCAAAUACAUUAAUUGAGCUGUUUCCUAUUGAAGCUUUGCCUACCUACACACAGAUGUCACUGCAGGAUCCCUUGUCUGCUCAGUCAAGAGCCGUAGCUUGGCUUAAGGAUGACCCGCUUUUGGCAAGCUAUUCCAAUUCUCGUCGACUACAGCGAUUCGCACUAGCAACGCUUUACUAUUCGACGAGAGGAGAAAUGUGGAGUACAAAUGAUGGCUGGCUGUCGGAAACGGAUGAGUGCACCUGGUUUUCUGACCUCGGGAGUGCGUCUUCAAUUUGCGACGCAGGCAUCUACAGGGCCAUUUCGUUGGUAAAGAACAAACUGCGUGGGACUAUCCCGCAGGAGAUGGAAUUGCUGGACUCACUUGUACACUUGCGAAUGAAUUUCAACUUUGUUUUCGGCCCCUUGGUACCUCAAAUUGCAAACCUUAUCGCAUUGGAAGACCUUCAAUUAGCAAAUGCUGGUUUACAGGGUCCAUUUCCAAUGGAACUAGCCUCCCUUACAAAAUGUCGAAAAGGCUUUUUCCAUUCCAACGAUUUUACAGGAGGGUUACCUUCUGAUUUAUUUGCGAGCUGGACUGCUGUCAAGGAUUUAGAUUUUGGGCGAAAUAUGUUUGAAGGCUCCAUUCCAGUGGAAAUUGGUGCCAUGGUGAACAUUGUUUCAUUGGGAUUUGAUGACAAUGUAUUUUUGAGUGGAGAGCUCCCCUCAGAGUUUGGGCUCUUAACUGCUUUGGAGUUUCUCUGGCUUCAAGGAAACUCGCUCACUGGAACAGUUCCUUCCAGCUUGGGAGCUCUCACUCGUUUACGAGAGUUGCAAAUACACAACAACUUUUUCACGGGGGCUUUGCCGGAAGAACUGUGUGAGCUGGUCAAGAAAAACAACCUGAUUGUAGUUGUGGACUGUUUUCAAGUCAACUGUGAUUGUGAGUGUGAAUGUGUGGAAAGUUCACGACCUCUUCCAUCAGGACUGUUGUCAAUGCCGACAUUAAAUCCAACUAUGAUUCCAUCAAGUGUUAACGUAAUCUCGCCAACUAUCACAUCAGCCAAUCGCCUCCAAGAACUUCGGGACAAUAGCUUACCUGAAUUUACACGCUUAGCUCUUGGCGAUCCAACCAGCCCACAAGCGCGUGCUUUUUCUUGGUUAGAGCAAGAUCCCAAUGUUGAUGAUUUCUCCGAAAAACGUUUAUUUCAUCGUUUUGUACUGGCAACCUUGUAUGAAUCAACAAAUGGAGAGGCUUGGAUCAGAAACGACGGGUGGAUGACAUACACUCCUGAAUGUGACUGGUAUUUUGACACAACAUGGACUGCAAGUCCGACAUGUCUGGGAGACACAUUUGAGUACCUGGUACUGGAAGACAACAAUUUACAAGGAUCUCUUCCUUUAGAAUUAGGCUUGUUGACGGGAUUGAAAGCUAUUGUGCUGUCGCAGAAUUUUCUUUCCGGUGAAAUUCCAUCAACUCUGGGAUCAAUUUCUGGCUUGAUAGAGCUUGAGCUGAGUGAAAACAAUUUGGAGUGGUUCAUUCCUACAGAAUUGGGUCUUUUGACCUCACUGACUGUACUUAACUUGCAGUCUAACAAUCUGAGCGGCUCAAUACCAAGAGAAAUUGGCAAUAUGUUAAAGCUGGAGUACUUAUUCUUGGACACAAAUAUCUUGACGGGAACACUACCAAUGGAACUUGGAAAUCUCGUCAACCUACUUUCAAUAUGGAUCUUUCGCAAUGACUUAGAUGGUAGCAUUCCAUCUUCUCUUGCUGACAUCUCUCGACUAGAAGAUUUGCAGAUCGACCGAAACUUAUUGAAUUACAGUCUUCCGUCACCAUUAUGGAGGGCUCUGAGUCGGGCUGCAUUUAUUAAUGUUGCUGACAAUCUGCUAUCAGGAACAAUUCCAUCUCAAGUCGGUUUGCUACGUCAAGUAGUCAUGAUCGACUUCUUUGAUAAUUUGUUUUCUGGCACAAUUCCAACAGAGUUUGGCUUGCUCACCAACUUGGAGGAGCUCAGUUUUGUGGACAAUAUCUUCUCAGGGACAAUACCUACUGAGCUUGGUCUUCUUAGCAAUAUGAGGACUUUAUUUCUGCAUGACAAUUACUUUCAUGGAAGUGUUCCCAGUGAACUUUGCAAUUUAGUCCACUCACAAUCCUUGGAUCUGUCAGUUGAUUGUAAUAUGGUGAUCUGUACAUGUAACUGUGAAUGCGACUUAUCCUUCAGGCUUUGAGUUCUGAGGAUUCAUCAAAGUCUGUUGGAAGUCAGUAGAGUUAGCAGCGCAUAAUUUACUUUUAACUGGAUAUGGCGAGAAACAGUUCUUU